AUUCACUUCGGGCUACAUUCUAUCUCCUUUAAUGGCGGCAACCUUAUUUUCCAAACAAUAGCGUCGCUUACCGGUAAACGUUAAUUUUAAUUAAGCGUUUCAUUAUCUCAGCAUCAAUCUCACUAAAAGAUGCCGAGAACUACCAGACGAAGUGCUGCUUCCAAAGAGGAGCCUAGCCCUGAACCAGUGGAGGCUCCAAAAACACCUAGCAGGCCAAAGCGGGGUGCAAAAAAGGAAGAGCCAGCCCAAGAGGAAGUACCAAGUGGAGAGCCUUUAGAGACACCUACAAAGCGAGGAAGACAAGCAGCUAAAGCUGCCACACCUAAAGAACCAGAGGUAAAAGAAGAGCCAGCUAAGAGAGGUAAAUCUGCUACUGGUGGCAGGUCCACGUCUCGUGGCAGAAAAGGUAGAAAGCAGGAAGAAUCAGAGGAAGAACAGGAACCAGAAGAAAAGGCAGAGGAGGAAAAAGUAGAAGAAGAAGAGGAAGAGAAAACACCACGAGGAGGGGCCAGGAGUAAAGGAAAAGGUCGGUCCGCGUCCUCCGGUGGACGAGGAAAAGGGAAGGCAGUAGAGGAAGAAAAGGAAGAAGAAGAGGAUGUUAAGGCUGUGGAAACUCCAAAAGUCAAGGCAGCUGCUGUCACUCCUUCUCCAAAGGGGGGGAGGAAGCCUCGAGGUAAGGCUUCGGCUGAAGACAUAACUGAAGAAGAAAAGAAAGAAGAUGCUGAAGAGAAAAUGGAAGAUGAGAAAGAAGGAGGAGGAAGUAAUGGGGCAGAGACUAAAGGCAGACAAAAGCGGACUCCCAUCAAAGCAGCAGAGACAGCAGCCACGCCCCCAAGUGGAGGUCGGAAGGGGAGGGGUCAGAAGACAGCUGAGCCAGCUGCCAAGGCAUCUCCUACACCACCAAGGUCAUCUCGUCGUGGGGCUUCAGCUACUGCCACCCCAGAGGCAGAGAAUGCAACAAAGGAAGAGGCAAUGGAAACUGCUGGUGAAGAGGCUAAAAUGGAGACUGAAACUGCCAGUACAGAGAAAACUGAGGACUCAGUCAGCCCAGGCAAGAAGCGUAAAUUGGGAGAAGAAGAAGAUGACAGAAGUGUGAAGAGGUUACGAGUCUCAGACACAGAGGAUCCUCUUGACCAAAGUGAGGAGGCUAGUGAUUUCGUGGUUGUUAACAAAGAGGAUGUCCCAGCGCCUGAUAGCAAAGAGGUUACUGAAUCCCUGCCCCCUGCUGUACCUGAACCAGUGAAACCAGCUGAAGACAAACCUGCAGACCCUGUUGUUCCUACAUCUGUUGAAUCAUCUGACAGCACUUUUGUAGUUCCGCUUACGGAGGUGGAACUGACGAAGCAAUACACUAAAGAGCAUAAACAACAGGAAGCAGAUGAGACCUCCUCUAUUUUAGUAGAGGUGGGUAGCGAGGCCGCCUCGGACAUCACAGGCUUUUCAUCCAGGACCUUAGACGUCAGUGAUGCUUUAUCCAUGGAUUCCGGAUCCGGAGAGCAGUCCGAGGUGCCCAUGGAUACGUCACUAGUCACACCACAGGAGCCAGAGGAUGUCGCAGCCCCCAUUGAAGACAUACCAGAUGCUAAAGUCACUGCUCAGCCCAGUGUUACUGUUGAAGCUUCGCUAAAUAACAAUGCACGGAACGAUGGCUUGAUAAACGUAACACAAGAUGCAGUGAAUGCAAAUUAUGUACCAAGCUCAACAAGCAUUCUCAAGCGCAAGUUUAUCCUAAACAAAAAUUUUCCUGCCGAUAUGAUGGACCCUGCAUAUUGUUUUAGUGUAGUGAGCUACAAUGUCCUGGCAGAAUGUCAUAUGGCCAGGGGAGACUACUCAUACACACCAAAAGAAAUGAAAAAUAACGAUUUUAGAACUGAAACACUGCUCAAGGAACUUGAAUAUUUGGAUGGGGACAUAGUAUGUUUGCAAGAAGUCAGUCCCUCCCUUUACAAAAAUGUUUUAGUUCCUGCUAUGGCAAAGAAUGGUUAUGCAGGUGAUUUUAUUAAAAGGACAAAAGAUUAUUGGGAAGAAGGGGAAGCAACUUUUGUGAAGACAUCUAAAUUUACAGUUCUUUCUUCUAAUGGAUACUCUUUAACAGACUUGGCCUUUAAGGAAGUGGAAAAGAGCGCAUUGAAUCCUGAAGUCAGUGAGGAGGCCAAAAAGUAUUUGGAUAGGGCAGAUGUAAUUCUAUUGACAUCAUUACUGUGUUUGAAAACCAAGAAGACGCUCACAGUCUGCAACAUCCAUGUGGUUUAUGAUGAUCAGGCACCAGAUGUCAAAUGUAUUCAGAUUUGCUCUGCUAUUAACCUGAUGGUGGCCCUGGCAGUGAGGAAGCUGGUAUCUAAAUCAGGGAGCGACAUGAACCCCCACAUCAUCUGCGGAGACUUCAACUCAGAUCAUAACUCCCCAGGCUACCACUUAGCAAAGGAAGGCUAUCUCUCAGACAACUUCAUCCAAAGCCUACAGAAUAUUAAGUCUCUUGCCACCAAGGAAGGGGAAGAAAAGUCAUCUUUAAUCAACUCCAUGUGGGGAGCUUUCCAGCAUACUUCCAGCCACUUGACCAGUGCCUAUAGAACUGUACAGGGUAAGGAACCUAGUAUCACAACUUACACCAAGAACAUGUAUGCAGGUGUGGAUUACAUAUUCCACUCCUCAUUAUCCCUGGAUGUUGUUGGGGUGCUGGAAGUGCUAGACGAGGUGUUUAUUACCAAGUUAGGUGGACUGCCUAACACCAAGAUCCCCUCCGAUCACCUCUCACUCAAGGCUGUCUUCAGAAUGAAAAGGAGAGAAAACCAUCUAGCAGAGUGAGGUGACUGCACCUAGUAUUACACGUUUUUAAUUUUAUCCCUUUUCACCUUUGGACCAGGAGCAUUCAAUGUCAACAUUAAUUCAGCAUCUGCGUUAGUUGUGAGUGAAAAAAUUGACAGUUUGUUCUUUUUAUUUCAUCAUGUUCUGAGGUUCAUGAGGGGGGUGAUAUUAAGCAUUUAAAGUGAGUUUUACAAACGUAUGUGGUUCAUUUCUAUCUGGUCAUUAAACAGUUUAAAUAAAAAUCUUAAGUUAUUAAACCGAAAUGUAGGUUCCCGUGUCUUUAUGUGUGUCUCUGAUGGAUCAGGGUUAGGGUUUCUGCUAGAGUUAGGAAAAUGGUAGUGUAGACAGCAAUACAAUAGCAAAUAUAUGCCCUACUGGUGUUCUUACAAGUACUGAAUUCUAAAUUUUUUUUCUUGGAUAUUUAGUACACGUGGCAGCUAAAAAGGUCCAAAAUGUACUUGUCUCUUGUUGACGACAGUUGUUUUGUUUGAAAGGUACAUUUUUUAGCUUCUGGUCUAGGCUUCAUUCAUUUCCACAUGACGACUUCUUUACAACUAUAUGUUUUAACCUGUUUCAGAAACUAAUAGCAGCUUCUAUUCAGUAGUUUAUAAUGCUAGACAUUCAUCUAUCAUCGUGAAGCAUGUACUUUUCAUUAACUUGAUCUGAGUGUUAUAAUCGUUGUCAUAUUUUUACAUUUUUUUUUUAAACGGUUAUCAUGAAUGACAUUAGAAGUGAUGUCACGUGUCAUUGUCAGACUUGAAUGAAACUGUUGUGGUAAAUCGUGUAAGAAAAAAAUAAAUGUACCUGUAUUAGAAAGAAAGAAAACAGUUCAGCUCUGUUUAUAAAAAAAAAAGUUUAGAUCUGUUAGAAAAAAAAUAGUUCUGCUGUGCUAAAACAAAGAUACCUAACAUAUGAAAUCAAAAUCUGACUUGGUUAUUAAAAAACAAAAUAUAAUUUUUUUAGCUUGUGUUUAAUUUUAAACCAAAACAUGUCAUGAAUGUAAUUAUUUAGUCAGAAACACAUCACUGAUAAUUGUCACUAAAUUAUAUGUAUAAUUUCAUCCUGAAUAUUCCUAGUGGUUUAGUUUGAGAAAUAAUGUAGGUUGUUCUCAAGACAAAAUAUUUUUAAAUGUUAUUUAAAAACAAAAUGUUAACAUCAAUUUCAUUGGCAUCUGCGCAAUCUGCACAUGAAAAUACAUUGCUCACCUUUCUAUUUCAAUUGUAAAUAGUUUUUUCUUCUAAUGUUUUCAACAAUAAAAAAAAUGAAAUGCAAACUAUUGUCAUCAUCAUUAUCCAGAUAAAAAAAAUUGUUUGGUGUUUGGGAAUACAUUUUAAAAUGUAUCUUGCUCGAGAUCUUGUCCUUAAAGAAACUGCAGUUGAAUGAUGUAAUGUAAACAGAACCAAAUUUUUAAAGCAUUAAUUUUGUAUAAACCAAACAAACUUUUCACAAAUUAAGCCUAUGUAACUCUCCCUAAUAUGAUUUGUUGCUCUCAAAGUUGUUCUGCUUCUCUCUUUCAACCAUAGCAAUAAAAAAAAAUUAUGUACUUUAUAUUCAUGGUAAUCAGAAGAAAAACUACUUCUGUUACUCUAUAUAUUUAAAAAAAUCUGUUUCCUCAAAAAUUGUGGUCAGUUGUUUUUUUUUUUUAACUUAAUUUUUUUAAAAAUUUUUACAGGGUGAACAGAAAAUAAAAUAAUUUAAUUACCCAUUUAAAUCUGUCAGUGGUGUAGGCAGGGAUUGUUAGCUCUAACUACACUUUCCCAGACAGUGAAUCUCUAAUACAAAAGUGUCUCACAUUAAUUAACAGCUUUUUAUGUUUACAGUUUCUAAACAGUGAAUAUCAUUGAAACAUUAAAAAUCAUUGAAAUCAAAUCACUAUGAACAUAUGUAGGCCUAUUUAUCUAUGUAUGUAUGUAUAUAAAUAUAUAUAUAUAUAUAUAGAUAGAUAUAUAGAUAGAUAGAUAGAUAGAUAGAUAGAUAGAUAGAUAGAUAGAUAGAUAGAUAGAUAGAUAGAUAGAUAGAUAGAUAGAUAGAUAGAUAGAUAGAUAGAUAGAUAGAUAGAUAGAUAGAUAGAUAUAGAUAUACAUAUAUAUAUAUAUAUAUAUAUAUAUAUAUACACACACACACACAUACAUACAUACAUAUGUAUAUAUAUACUUAAAUAUUUUUUGAAUAUAACCCUCUCCCUUGACAAAUUCCUGCCUACACUAUUUAAAUAGAUAAAUGUCAGUAUCAUUGAAAUGACAGACUAUUUUGUAGUUGUAGACUGACUCGGGAUAAGUUAAGAAAGCCUUUUUUUUUUUCUCUAUCACUACCUGGAAUUAUUUUUUUAAAAAUGUGUCACUCUAUUAGGACUUUGUUACCUUGUCUUUUUUUAUGUCAUCACACCAUUCUGUCUGCCCCAUCUUUAUAUCCGCAGCACAUCAUCUUGUAUGUUCAUCACAUAUAAUACCAGCCUAUGUGUAUCCCAUAAGUUAUGUUUUCUUAAUAUGGAUUGUUUGAUUACACGUGAGCAUGCCAUCAUCACAUUGGCAAAAAAUUUGUUACAGUUUUAAAUUUAGUCAAUGAAAUCUGUUGUUUUUUUUUUUUAUCACAGUAUGUCAUGUUUAGGAAGACUGGUUUUUUUUUUUUACAAAUUUUCUGACAGCACAGAAAUCAAAGGUCUAAAAAAGUUAUGGACUAGUUAUUUUUCUUAUAAUGCAUUAUUUGGCUUCUUAUAUACUGGUUGUUUUUUUUUUCCUCCAUACAUUAUGUCAUGAAAUGUUGAAAUGCAUCCAAAAUAUGAAAUGAUUUCUAAAAUAAAGUUCUGAAUUCAACA